ACGAUGAAAAGGAAAAGAAACAGCAUACCCCGCGCAUCUCCUCAACCAAGGUCACUGAUGCUGCUGAACAAGUUUAAUUACAAGAACAUGGAGUCUCACUGAUUAGUUUCAUAUCAUUAAAGAAUGGUGCGCCGGUGGUUCAUUGCAUUGGUCACAAUCGGCCUUCUUCUGUGGACUACCAAUGCUGAGUUCUACUCCUCCACAGACCACAUGACCCAGCUCAUUGACAUUGAGCGAGAUUUCAUUCAGUCCUUCAAGGAUUACAUCACAGCAGAGGAAUUUCACCUUGCACGAUUGAAGCGUUGUCUUCCGUUCAUUGAAUAUUUUUCCGGAGAUUUCCCCGAAGACCUGGAAAAAUACAUCAGCAAUCCUCUGACCGCCUACGUGUUUGUGCGAAGGCUGAAGCACAAGUGGACGGUCGUGGAGGAGACAGCCAGGCUGAGCCCUAUGCAAGGGUUCCAGACGUUUUUGUCGGAAAACGGUCCGAACAUUCCCAGCGACGAGGACGUGGACGGCAUUGCGCUGGGCCUGGUGAGGCUGCAGGAAACGUACAUGCUGCACCCCGACAAAAUCCUCGGAGGACUGGGCCAGCAGAGUGUGAAGUCCUUAAGCCCGGACGAAGCCUUCCACAUCGCAAUGGUCGCCCACAGAAACAACAAGUUCCUGUACACCUUCCUGUGGAUGGAGGAGGUCCUGAGGCAGCUGGACACCGGCAGGGAGGCCACCGUCACCAGGAAGGAGGUCCUCAGCUUCCUCGCCCCCUUCGUCUUUCAGAUGGGGGACCUCCCGAGAGCCAUCAGGCUCACGGAGCAGCUGCUGGAUCUGGAUCCCAGUGAUCCGAUUACCGCGAGCCAUUUGGAGUUCUAUAAACACAUGAAGGAGGGCGUCAGUCGGGAUGAAACUCACGCCGCCGACGCCGAGGCACAUCUUUUUACGCCGAGUCUCGCGAGAGACGUGAAGGCGUACGAGGCGCUCUGCCGGGGAGAGAACAUACGAAUGACCCCCAGAAGACAGAGGGCGCUGUUCUGCAGGUACAGCACUGGUGGAAGGAACCCUCGCCUCAUCUACGCCCCAGUCAAAGAGGAGGACGAGUGGGACGCGCCAAAAAUCACCAGAUAUCACAAUUUCCUGUCUGACGAUGAAAUUGGCACGAUAAAGAAACUUUCUGCACCGAAGCUUGAAAGAGCGCAGGUUCUGGACCACAUAACCGGGAAGAACUACUCCGUUGAAAUUCGCGUUUCUAAAAGUGCGUGGCUUUCUGACGGAGAGGACCCCGUUGUUUCCCGUGUGAAUCGACGGAUAGCGGAUGCCACUGGCUUGGAUAUGAAGAUGGCGGAGAAGCUUCAGGUUGCAAAUUAUGGAAUUGGUGGUCAGUAUGAACCACACUAUGACUCAAAGUUUGCCAACGAUGAAGAGUUCCAGAGACUUGGUGGGAGGAUUGCAACCACCUUAAUCUACAUGACCGAUGUCGAUGUAGGAGGAGCAACGGUGUUCCCUGCCAUUGGAGCUGCUCUGAGACCUGAGAAGGGCUCUGCCGUGUUCUGGUACAAUCUUUUGCUAAGUGGAAAGGAAGAUGACAGAACCCUGCAUGCGGCUUGCCCCGUCAUGGUGGGAAACAAAUGGGUCUCCAACAAGUGGAUCCGUGCACGGGGGCAGGAAUUCAGGAGAAGGUGCGGCUUAUCAGAGUCUGACUAAAAAUUGAAAACCCACCCAAUGCAUUUGUUUGGGGUCGGGGGUCGAUCGCUGACUGCAAGAACUACUGCAGCGCCUCAGCCAGCCUGGAGGCCCAAGGACGGCCAAUGCAGCAUAUAGUAGUUGUUUCAUGGGACCAAGUGGAAGAUGUGACCCCUGCGUCCAUUCGUGUUUGAUGCAUACUGUCUAGAAUUCAAUCUGAUCUCCGCCCCCCAUUGUUGUUUUGAUGGAUGUUCUGUGGAUGAAGAUGAAGUUGUGAAAUGUGUCCAUGAGAUUUCUUUGAAGCUUUUCUUGUUUUUAUUUAAAAUUCAGUGCAAGUUUGUUCCACUUCCUUUGAAAAAAACCAACCCUGUUCCUCACAAAAUGUGCAAGAUUGUGUUGAUAAAAUUGCAUCAUGCCUAGUGAUUGAUGUGAAGCAGAACAGAAUCAGAAUCUUGUAUCUGUUCAAAAUAAAUUCUAACCAUCGAUCUGGCUCUGGUAGAACUUUGACACCAGAAUCAAAAUAAAUAUCUGGGUCGUAUUUAUUACAAUGGCAUUGACGUUAGCCGUUGUAUAUUAUGGUAAUGAAGUGAUUUCCAUUUAAGAUAAACCUCUUAAGUCUCAACACGCAUUAAUAUAAAUAACAGAUUAAUGCUUUUUGUCUUUAUGAUUUCUGUCCCAUAGCGUGCACAUUGUGUAACACAAUACAGGAAAUUGUGACCUACAUUUGAAUGCUGAAUAAUUUCACCCUUCAGUUGCAGCUGUGAUCAAACUUGUUUUCAAAAGACUUUAAACAAAUGCAGGAGACAAUAUUUUCAAACAUGUGGAAAUAAACUUAUGCAACUGCAAUAAAUGCAUGUAAAACCUUAA